GGGUCCCGCUAUGCUUGUACCGCUAGCUCAAAUUAGCGUCAUUGGCCAGGCACUCCGCACAUUGAUGUUUUUAUUUUUGUAGUGGCCUAUGCUUUUGCUUCUUGGUAUAGUAGUAUAGUUUGUUUAGCUGGUAAAGAAUUCUAUUUCAGCCCAUACCAACAAUGGCGAGCCGCCUUUCUUUUCACUCCCAGCUCUCGACCGUCAUGGAGACGUUGGCCAGGUCUGCCCUGAGUCAGGUCUGCAAACUGGUGGAUGAGGACUCAGCUGAGCUGCGACAGGAGCUGUCUCGGCUUCUGUUUGCCAACUCGGCUCUCUCCGAGAAAGUAAAUAGCCUGGAGAGCGAGUUGGCGGCCGUGAAAGGCGAAGCCCCCAAGUUGUGUAAAAGUUAUCGCAGCGUAGGUCUACAAACUGACAGAGACGAGGACGCUCAUGUGUCUCAGUCUCUCACCAUAGAGGGCAUCUUUGGGAAGGAUUGGUGCAUGGACCUGUGGAAGGACAGAGACCCAUACAGUCUGCAGAGAUUCACUGACUCACCACGCUCACCUGCUAAGUCUGUAGCGACACUUUCUGACCACAUCACUGUGACUGAGAUCAAAGAGGAGGGUUAUGUGGAGGAUGCUGCCAGUAUAUGUCAGCAGGAAACACUAAGUACAGAAGAACAUGAAGAUUGCACAUCAGAGGAACCAGAGCGCCUGUCAGCUGGUUUCUCGGCCGAUGGCAGCCCUUGCACCCUGUCAUUUGACCAGGAUGGAGAACAGGCUAUGUCUGCAGGUGGUACUGAAGAACCAUCUGUGCAAGUGGUGUCCGUCAGUGAUAUGAGAGAGGCCUUCAGCACUCACAUCAUUCCAAUCGAAGAGGAUGAUGAUGACGAGGAUGUACAGUUUGUUGAGGAACGUCAGCAGGAGCCAACAGUAAACGCAGCAGUUGGGCCGAGCCAGGACAAACAUCAGACAUUACUUGUAGACAACACUGAAACCUGCUCUGCCGUGGAUAAAGAUUCACACAAGGACUUUAAUGUGCGUAAUGUAGAAACUAACAGAAAUAAGGACAAAUUUACUUGCCAAAUAUGUAGCAGGUCAUUCUUUCACAAGGGGACUCUCACACACCACAUGAAGUCACACAAGUCAAACUUCUGCAACAUUUGUAAGCAGCACUUCCCUCACAGGAACAAGUUAAACUCACACCGCUGCAUGCCUCCAGUUCCCUCUCACAGAGUCAGCAAAUCAUGUGAACUGUGUGGGAAGAUGUUUGCCAACCCAUCGGCUCUGAGGAUUCACUAUGUUGUCCACACAGGAGAGAAACCCUACACGUGCAGCUUGUGUGGGAAAGGGUUUACCCAGAAAGGCAAUCUGAAAUGUCAUUUACGCAUCCACACUGGUGAGAGACCAUUCCGCUGUGUCAAAUGUGGGAAGACCUUUACGCAAAAGGUGAACCUCAACCAUCAUUUAAUGGCACAUAUAAACAGUCAGGCUGUGGGUCAAAAGCCUUUAGCAAAGAUGUAUUAAAAACUUAAUGGUUGAAACCAGCAACAGGUGCAAAAUCAGUUGCUUUCUUUAUUAGAAUACGUCCUGUACUAGUUGUCACUUUUGUUUAAGGGUAGUUACUACCUUGUUUGUAAUGACUGACAGUUUAUGGUUUAAUGCCAAAAAAAGUCAGGUGUGGAACAAAAAUGUUUUUGCUGUGUUUUUAUUUUAGUAUUUCAGUGCUCUUAUUCUGUCUUUACAAUAAACCACACAUGUUCA